AUGAUAUGUUUGUGUUUGAGUGAGGUGUCUUUUGAAAUUUAAUUUAAAGAACGACUUACUGUAGCGCUUAGGAUUCACAAUGGGUGUUACAUCCUGAACUGGUUGAAAUCGAAGAAGUCCAAGGAGCGCAGGAGAGUCGGGUGCUGGCCUCGAGCAAGAGAUCUCUGUGUCUCGAUUCUAUGGCAGUCAAUAUCUCUGCGGGUCCAAUUUCGCCGAAUAAACGAAAUGCCGAUUUAAUUAUGUAAGUAAGCUCCGUGCUCACAUUCGGACUUUGUAAUUACGACGAAUAUGUUGUGCCUCUCAUACAGAGUUUCGUUCCGAGCGCACGGUGCUAAGAUGGCGAAAGGUUAUCAACUUUUGGUUUUCCUGACCAGCCUGGUAUUGGUAGCCUGCAACUGCCCUCGUGAGAACAUCCACAGCUUAGGACAGUGCGCCUUCAAAAUCGAGUGUACUACCAACGUCAGAGGAAUACGCCUCCCCAAUGAAUGUCUAGAGGCAGCCAACUUCCCCGUCACUGUUACCGUAACGCUUAAAAAUGUCGCCGAAGAUUACUAUCCAGGAGACCCAGAAACUAGACUCUUGGGUUUCAUUACUUCUUUAAAAAUUACAGGGCAAAUGCCGAAAACGAAUUUGACAUUAUUGCAAUAUACAUAUAGGCUACAGGAUUUAAAUUUGACAAAUAAUCAAAUUGAGAGAAUCGCUGGCUCACCUUUUUACUACCUCGGCAAAUUAGAAACCAUUGAUUUAUCUCAUAACAGGAUUAGCGAUCUGGAAGAACUAUUUCGUUUUGAAACGCGACCAUACAAACUCAACAAAUUAGUACUUGCCAACAACAAUAUAGAAGAACUGCCCCAAGACGCUUUUGACGAACUGUCAUCUCUCGUCGAACUCGAUCUCUCAUACAAUCGCAUUUCAAAUCUGAACGAAGAGCCAUUCGCCAAUCUAUCCAGUCUCGAAACACUAAGACUGAACAAUAAUUCCAUCAAAAACCUAAACGGUGCAGUUAAUAACCUUCAAAAUCUGAAGCACCUAUAUUUAAGGGGAAACCAAAUACAGCAUAUCGACGUAGAAUCACUUAAAAUCAUAAUACACCUGGAAACGUUCGACGUGUCGAGGAAUCAACUCGAAAAAAUCAACUCAGUCAUGUUCUCGAGGCACUGGAAACACAUGGGGGGCCAUUCCAUUUGUAAAAUCAUACUGUCCGAAAACCGCAUAGCAUCAUUACCGAAUGCAUCAAUGGAAAUAUCUGCUAGAAACGUCCGUGACUUGAGACGUUACAGCGUGGAUGUGCUGACCGAAUUAGAUUUGUCGAACAAUGAAAUAACAGAAAUAGCUUACAAUGCGUUCCAUUCUCUUUUGAAAAUGAUCUCAUUGGAUCUAUCCCGGAACCAAAUUACCGAUUUUAGUGUAAACGCUGACGAUCUCCAAUUCGUAAAGAAACUGAACCUAAGCGGAAACCAUAUUUUCCAAUUAUAUUACAAGAGCUUCUCGGCAAUGGGAAACCUUGAGAAUUUGGAUCUCUCUCACAACAAACUUUACGAAAUACCAGAAACAGCUUUUAAGAAUUACUUUAGCCUUAGAAUUCUGAAUAUGACGUUUAAUGAUAUAGACAGCGUUGAGAAUUUACGUAUAACCAGAUUCCAUCCCGCUGGAGGUGUUCUGGACUUGUCAAACAACGGCUUGACGCAAUUGAGGAUACCAUAUGGUGAAGGAGCCCGUUUGAUGAUUUUGAGAUUACACUCCAAUAAUAUAUCAGAUGCUAAGCUAAUCGAAUUGAUUCAUCAGAACGAUCUGAAAAAUUUGGAUCUCAGUCAUAACAAGAUACGCGAGCUUAAUGACACAUCUUUACGUAUUCCCGUCAGUCUCAAUUAUUUAGAUAUCAGUUUUAACAUGAUCAUUAGAAUUGGACCAUCAUCUUUUUAUCGUGCCGGUCAUUUGAAAACUCUACGCUUGUCACACAAUCAACUGACCAAGAUUGAGCAUGGAGCAUUUCAUGGAUUAUCAGCGCUUCUCAACCUUGAUUUGUCUUACAACAAAUUUGGGUACUUCAAUUCUGAGUGGCUGAUGGACCUUAAAAGUUUGGUUGUUCUUUCUCUCAGGAACAACUGGAUGCAUAAUUUGGACUAUAAGAGUUGGUUUGGCCACAAACCUGACCUGCGAGUGAAUAUCGAAGGAAAUAGAUUGUCUUGUGAGUGGCUUAGCGGUGUGUUGCAGAAUUUUAAUAACGGCUUCCUGAAGAUGCACCCUGUCGUGUUGACGCCAACAAUUUCAAGCCACUCUAUAGAAGGCAUUCCGUGUAUCGAAAAAACUGAGGUCCUAAGUCAAAUCUACAGCAGUCCGAUGAUGAGCGAUGACCGUCUACUUGUGUCGAACCAGAAGAUCCUGGAGGCUGUUAAGGAGCAGACGUAUUAUCUGCGCAGAUACGUCAUGCGUUCUCUUGUGGAGGAAACAGAAAGGGCGAAGCUGUAAGACUCAUUUCUAAUAAGUCCAGUUUAAUUUUACAGUAUCUAGUUUUUAUUGUGUAAUCUCAGUUUAAUGCGUUUUUUUUAAUGUUACUUACUUUAUGGGUCUCACUUCUGGCCUUAUAGUCGUAAGCGUACAAUAUAGCAUAGAAUUAUCGUUCGAUACAAUUAACAGAAUGAAUAUGAUAACUAAGCUGUGUUGUUUUUUUUUUACAAAAUAUGUCAUUUUAUGGCUCUUUAUGUACACAGUAUUAAAUGUUAUGGAAAUAAAAAUAUUCACAA